AUGCAGUAUAUUAGCUAUAUACUAAACUCAUCGGUCAAAUUCCCGCUUGUUGGUGAUGCGACCGUCAAUGUUGGCCUCUUCGUGCGAGCAAUUAUUCAGCAACCCGACAAGACACUCGGCGGAAAAUUUGUUCAUGGCGUCACUGAUGUUAUGACGGCUGAAGAGAUCCUUUCCACGUGGGCAUUGGUGCACGGCUUCGAGGCGGAGUAUGUGCAGGUAGCCAAGGAGACAUAUUAUAGCCUCUGGCCACAGUGGGGUAAAGCGAUGGACAGGAUGCAUGAAUACCUCGAGUGGGCUGAGGAUAGAAGUUUCUCGGGUGAAGAUGUUAUUCUCUCCAAGGAAGACCUAGGCGUCACUGGGUUGAGCAGCACGCGAGAUGCGUUUGCAAGGAUGAAGAAAUAG